UAUUGGCGCAAGAUGAUGAUAUUAUUGUUGGGGUUGAACUUCCAAAAUUAUAUACGUGGGAUUUUAAAACAGGACAAUAUAAGAUAAUCCUUAAUAAAAAUGGUAAAAUUACAAAUAAUUAUAAAG